AUGGCCAAAGAUGCCUCCUCUGCCCGGACCACCAUCACCACCACGCGCGACCCGGCCGAAGCGCAUCCCUUCUACCCCGCAUUCUGCUUCCCAGCCUCGCCAACCCAUUUCGCCUGGGUGAAGCUAAGCAUCGCCGACAUCCAUCGACUCCGACCGAAAGACGGAUUUGAAGACGAUUUUGCAGGCCAGAAUGUCUAUUUCUACAACAACCAUCCAAUUCAGUUCGUCUGCCUGGCAGGCGUGGUCGUCACGCGCGACGAGUACGAGCGGCGCACAGUGCUGAAUAUCGACGAUAGCAGUGGCGCCACCAUCGAAGUCGUCAUUCUCAAAGCGACGGCGACGAGCCAGCCCAACACUACUACUACUACUACUACUACUACUACCACCAGCAGCGGCAGCGAUGGUGGUACCACCAUCAACGUAACAUCCACAGCGCGCUCACCCAUCGACACCGCGGCGCUGCGCGUCGGCGCAGUAGUGAAAAUCAAGGGAACCCUAUCGAAAUUCCGCGCGACGAUGAUGAUGCAUGUCGUCCUCGAGCGUUUCUGGGUUCUGCGCGAGACAAACGCCGAGGUGAAAUUCUGGAAUGAGCGCGCGCGUUUCCUGGUGGGUGUUUUGUCGGUGCCGUGGUCGCUGACGCCGGAGAUUGUCGAGGCGCUGAGACGACGGGCCCGUGACGAAGAAACCGAUGUCGCUAGGGAUCGAAGACGGGUGGUCGAGAAGCAGAGGAGACUCGAAGAAAGAGAAGGGAAGGAUUAUAGACGGAUCAUGAAGAGGUGGGACAAGGAGGAAAAGCUAAGAGAAAAGGAGGCCGAAUGGAUCACGGAGAGCAAUAAAAGGCUGGAAGCCAGGUUGGCAAAGAAAAAAGCUGCCCCAAACGUAAACUCAUUAUUAGAUUAA